UAACCAGACAGCCAAACAGCCAAUUUAUUGUAAGGCGGCUCUGUCUUCAUUCUUCCCCCCUUCUCUCUCUCCUCUCUCUCUCUCUCUCUCUCUCCCUCUAGAUAUAUAUAUAUAUACAUGUAAAGCCGGUUUCACACAGUCUGCAACUUCUGAAACUGGGUCUCACCGGAGAAGGGCAAUCAAAAUAAUGGAGGAGGUGAUAGUAGCAUCGCCAGCGGUGGAUUUCAGCUUCUUCUUCUUCAGCGUCCCCACCAGCCCAUCCCGCUCCUCCUCUUAUUCCUGCGGCGGCGACUCCAUCCUUUCCGGUGGCGAGCAGAAGCCAGUAGUCACCGCGAAAGAUGGCAACGGUACCGGCGACGACAACAACAACGAUUUCGAAUUCGACUUCAGCGGGCAGGUGGAGAGAACCUCGCUCUCCGCCGACGAGCUCUUCGACGGCGGCAAGAUCAAACCUUUGAAGCCACCGCCUUGUUUUCAGCCGGACGGCAAGGCGGUCAAGGACCCUCCGAAGUCUCCGCGAUCGCCGGUUAUUGAGAAUGUUGCCAGAGAAUCUCAGAGACAAAGAGUGACGAGGUUGAGGACUUCGUCUUCUUCCAGAGUCGGCGACAUAUUCUCCAAUACCGAAAGCAGCCAACAAUACUGUUCACGUUCAUCACCGCCGGCCAAGUCAAGACACUCGCCGUCGUCGUCGUUUUCCUCUCCGUCUUCGUCUCCGUUCUCAUCUUCCUCCUGGAAAGGGAGCAAAACGAAGUGGAGUCUCAAGGAUCUGUUGCUGUUCCGAGCGAGCAGCAAGGACCCAUGGAAGAAGUACUACAUGUUGAAGAAGAGUACCGGCGGCGAGGAGGAGCAGGCCAAGAAGGUGAGACUGGGGUCGCCGGAGAGUGGCGGCGCGCCUGCGGGGAAGUGGAGGAGGAGAAGGACGGCGUCGGCGCACGAGCUGCAUUACACGGUGAACCGGGCGGCGUCGGAGGAGAUGAAGAGGAAGACAUUCUUGCCGUACAAGCGCAGCCUCUUCGGCUGCUUAGGCUUCAAUCCCACCGUUCAUGACAUCUCCUCCAGAGGCCUCGGAUCUCUGCCUCGUGGAUGAUCCAGUUUUGGACACGUGUCAUUUCUUUAUUUUAUAUUUUAAUUAUAUACCCGAUGUGUACGUUAUUGGUGUGAUAAUUUUGUCAAAGUUAUAUGGCAUCUUAUAAUUUACAAAAUAUGAU